AUGAAAGCCUCAAAGCAACAAAGACGAUGCAAAGCCUUGUGUUGUAGUAGCAACAGGUAUAGUGUCUCUUCAUCAGAAGAACCAGAGAGUUCUUCUUCUUCUUCUGUCUCUGAUAGGUUCCCUUCCGUUUCUACACUAGCACAUGCCAUGGUGCAAGAGAGACUUGACCAAAUGAUUAGAGAAAAGCUUGAAACUAGACAUGUAGAGAGAAAAAUGGAGAAGAAAAGAGAAGAAACUAAGUUUGUUGUAAUGUUAGCUAUGGAGAAAUGUUCGUAUGAUCCUAGAGAGGAUUUUAGGGAAUCAAUGAUGGAGAUGAUAACGGUGAAUCGUCUUCGAGACGCGAAAGAUCUUCGUAGUUUGUUGAAUUAUUAUUUGUCGAUGAAUUCGGAUGAAUAUCAGAGUCUUAUACUUGAGAUUUUUCAUGAGGUUUGUACUAAUUUGUUCUUAUCAUGUAAAUGCAAAUGGUAA